UUCACGUACAUCAUCGGAUCAACACCCGCCUCUGAGACAGAGAAGAGGUGAAGAGCUGGUUUUAGAGAACCACAGCAGAGAGCGAGACGGAGAGGCUGAAGGACAAGGACCCGCAUCCGCAGCUCACCAUGAGGGAGAUCGUUCACAUCCAGGCCGGCCAGUGUGGAAACCAGAUCGGGGCGAAGUUCUGGGAGGUGAUAAGCGAUGAGCAUGGCAUCGAUCCUACUGGCACCUACCAAGGUGACAGUGAGCUGCAGCUGGAGAGGAUAAAUGUCUACUACAAUGAGGCGUCAGGGAGUACAGGCAGCAAAUAUGUCCCCCGUGCCAUUCUGGUGGACCUAGAGCCAGGGACCAUGGACUCGGUUCGUUCCGGCCCGUUCGGACAGCUGUUCAGGCCUGACAACUUUGUCUUUGGUCAAAGCGGAGCAGGAAAUAACUGGGCCAAGGGUCACUACACCGAGGGAGCUGAGCUGGUUGACUCAGUCCUGGACGUGGUGAGGAAGGAGUCGGAGAACUGCGACUGCCUGCAGGGCUUCCAGCUCACCCACUCUCUGGGUGGAGGUACAGGCUCGGGGAUGGGCACGCUGCUCAUCAGCAAGAUCCGCGAGGAGUACCCCGACCGCAUCAUGAACACCUUCAGCGUCAUGCCGUCCCCGAAGGUGUCCGACACCGUGGUGGAGCCCUACAAUGCCACUCUCUCUGUCCACCAGCUCGUGGAGAACACGGAUGAGACCUUCAGCAUUGACAAUGAGGCCCUAUACGACAUUUGCUUCCGCACCCUGAAGCUGACAACACCUACCUACGGAGACCUCAACCAUCUGGUGUCAGCCACCAUGAGCGGCGUGACCACCUGCCUCCGCUUUCCCGGCCAACUUAACGCUGACCUCCGUAAGCUGGCUGUAAACAUGGUACCCUUCCCCCGCUUGCACUUCUUCAUGCCGGGCUUUGCACCUCUCACAAGCCGGGGCAGUCAGCAGUACCGCGCACUCUCUGUGCCGGAGCUCACACAGCAGAUGUUCGAUGCCAAAAACAUGAUGGCGGCCUGUGACCCUCGUCACGGACGCUACCUCACAGUGGCGGCCAUCUUCCGCGGGCGCAUGUCGAUGAAGGAAGUGGACGAGCAAAUGCUGAGCGUGCAAAACAAGAACAGCAGCUACUUUGUCGAGUGGAUCCCGAACAACGUCAAGACCGCCGUCUGCGACAUCCCACCCCGGGGGCUCAAGAUGUCUGCCACCUUUAUCGGUAACAGCACGGCCAUUCAGGAGCUGUUCAGGAGGAUCUCAGAGCAGUUCACGGCCAUGUUCCGCCGCAAGGCCUUCCUCCACUGGUACACUGGAGAGGGAAUGGAUGAGAUGGAGUUCACCGAGGCCGAAAGCAACAUGAACGACUUGGUGUCGGAGUAUCAGCAGUACCAGGACGCCACCGCAGACGAGAUGGGCGAAUAUGAAGAAGACGAAAUAGAGGAUGAGGAGGAAGUUCGCCACUGAUUAUACAAAAUACUGACCUGACAUUCUGAGUGAACCACUCCCUUCAAAUAGUAGCUGUUGUUGGACAGAGCAGUGACAUCAUACGAAGCUCGCUAUAGAGAGGUCGAUGUUCAGAACAUGAUGAAAUAUCGCUGAAAACUAUGCUGCAUAUAGAUUAUGGCUUUUACUGAUGUUUAAACAAAUGCAACUAUAUAAUAUGUGGUUUUCAUGCUUUGCCAGAUUCAAAAAAAGAAGUACAGUCUUGUCCUCAAUACAGUUUUGUAACAUUUACUUUAAUAUGCAUUCACUGUCUCCAAUAAAACAUCCACUCCUGUCAAUA